AUGGUAGGGCAUGUUGUUCCGCCAGACGAUGACCACCAGCUCAGUGGUGAAGAUGCUCCAUUCCUCUUAGAAGAUCUCAGGAGCCAGCCUGGGCCUGGAGACGUAUCUCCCGACGAUUCAACCUCAGACACUACUCUACCAGAAAAAAGCCGUCGUUGGCUGGUGAUCGCCCUGGUUGCGAUAAUGCUCACCUUUGAGAUCGGGGGUCAGAUGAUCCCAGGUCCCAUGGUGCGCAUUAUCGAAACCAUCGUGUGUGAUGGCUACUGGCGUGCACACGACUCGAGCCGGCUCCCGGCUUCGGGCCAUGUAGCAGAGCAGCUGUGUAAGAUAGAAGAGGUGCAGGCGGAAGUCACAACUAUCAAGGGGUAUUCAGAUUUCCUCGAGGGUCUACUCUGUGUCAUCUGCGCUAUCCCAUACGGUUUAUUGGCAGAUCGAUAUGGACGCAGACGAGCCAUUCGUCUUACCAUUCCUGGAUUUCUCCUGAACGCAAUCAUCACUAAUUCCGUACUGUGGUUCUCUGAUACCUUCCCUCCCCGGGCUAUCUGGCUCGCAGCGCUGAGCUGGACCAUUGGGGGGGGACCAACUGUUGCAAUGGCCCUGCUAUGGACAAUGUUGGCCGAUCAUACGACAGAUUCAAACCGUCCGAUACUCUUCUUUCGGGUUGGAGUUGUUGGUGAGAUUGCUACUUUCCUCGCCGGCGCGAUAAGCGCGCAAAUAAUGGCUUUGAACCCUUGGAUCCCGAUGAUGAUCGGCUGUGGAAUUGUUGCUAUCGGCCUCACCUGUGCUUUCUUUUUACCUGAGACUUUGAACCAUUGCGUGAAGAGGAAGUCUUCAAUCCACGGAGAUAAGCCAGUUUCCUGCAUGGGCGGGCUGAUUUUCGAUGAAGAAUCGUCCUACUGCAGCCCAAAGGUUCUCCUGAAACCGUCCAGACAUUGUCUUAUCUUGGGCAAGAUUCGACGCUUCCUCAACCAUGACAUCUUCAUCUUUGACCACCGGCUCAUGUUGCUACUCUUCGCUUUUGCCGUCUCCGAGCUCGCUCGGGGUUCCUCUGGGUUCCUGGCUCAGUAUAUCUCCACACGCUUCAGCUGGACCCUAGCACGGGCCAAUCUCCUCAAAUCCUUCCACACAGCUGCUACCAUCCCCGUGUUCCUGUUCCUCCUUCCUUAUCUCUCAACACACGUUUUGCAUUACCUGUCGCUGCGUGGAAGGGAUCUCUACCUCGCGCGGAUAAGUAUUACUUGUCUAGCUGUCGGAUCACUUAGUGUUGGUCUUGCGCCGCAUAUUGUCUUCUUGGUCCCAAGUCUUUGCCUCCAUGCGGUUGGGGGAGGAUUCCCGCUUGUCGCACGCUCUCUGGCUACGGCGUUGGUAGAGAGUGAUAAAACAGCAAGGCUCUACUCGACAAUCGAGAUAUUACAGUCGGUGGGAAGUGUGUUGGGGAGUCUUUGCUUUACGAAUGUAUUCACGCUUGGGUUGAAACUGAGCGGGGUAUGGGUCGGGUUGGUGUGGAUAAUGAGCAGUCUGCUCUUUGCAUUGGUGGGGAUCAUACUUAUGGUGCUUCGAGUAUAA